AUGCAGGUGAUGACGUUCGGUGCCCGCUGCUCGCCCAGCACCGCUCAAUACGUGAAGAACAUCAACGCCCAGCGGUUCGCAGAAACCCACCCUAAUGCCGUUAAGGCUAUCAUCCACGCACACUAUGUCGACGACAUGCUGGUGAGCGUCGAUCGCGAGGAGGAGGCCAUACAACUAGCCCUGGACGUCGCGCACGUACACCGCGAGGGAGGGUUCGAGAUUCGCGGACUUGAUUACUUUGGCCCAAUCGAAGUAGCCGUGGGAAGGCGAGUGGAAAAGCGGUGGGGCAUGCUGGCUACGUGCCUCACAGUGCGGGCGGUCCAUAUCGAGCUGGUUCACUCGCUGACCACCAGCUCAUGCAUCAUGGGUCUGCGGAAUCUAAUUGCGCGCAGAGGGACCCCGCUCACAAUAUUCUGUGAUCGAGGAACCAACUUCGUCGGUGCGCAGAGGGAACUGCAACGCAACCCGGAGCUGAUCGACCACGUCGAUAUCACAAAAGAGUGCAGUCAACGCGGGAUACGGUGGGAGUUCAACCCGCCACAAGCCUCCCACAUGGGAGGCAGCUGGGAGCGCCUGAUCCGGACGGUGAAGGAGAACAUCGUUGCUGCGAGCUCAGCCAAGCGUUUGAACGACGAAGUGCUGCGCAGCCUGCUGGUCGAGGUCGAGAGCAUUAUGAACGCGCGGCCCCUCACACACGUGCCGGUAGACGACGACUCGGCCCCGGCCCUAACACCGAACCACUUCCUGUUGGGUUCGUCGAAUGGCAUGAAGCAGCCGGGCGAGUUGGACGACAGCGGCAGCCUUCUGCGGCAGAACUGGCGAACAUCACAAGCGUUGGCCAACAGAUUCUGGAGGCGGUGGGUGACCGACUACCUGCCAGAGAUCACACGACGAACAAAGUGGCACCGAUAUAACGAACCCAUCAAGACAGGAGACGUGGUAGUCAUCGUCGAUCCCAGGCUACCCAGAAACUCCUGGCCAAAGGGCGUGGUAGAGCAAGUUUUCGCCAGCAAGCAGGACGGUCAGGUUCGAUCCGCAAGGGUCAGGACGGCGAACAGCACUUACGUACGGCCAGUCACGAAGCUCGCCGUGCUAGACGUGAUACGCCAAGAGUCAGGGGAAGGAGUGAUACGGGAUGCGCCGGGGUGCUAG